UGCGGUCGGAACGAUCAUUGAUUUUUAUGGUCCGCCAUUWUUCGAAUCGGUGGAUUAAUAGAAUAGUAGAAAUUUAUUAAUCUAGAAUUCUCAGUUGUAUAAUUUCUUCUUGAAGCUCUUUCAGUAAAUGCGUGCAAUCGAAUUUCAACUAAAAGUCCUCGAAGAGAACUGACAGCAAAAKUCAACAUGAAAAAGAAAUCAUGGGUGAUGCUAGCUUUGGCCGUGGAGAUUUUCAUCGCAAUAAUCAUUUUGAACCAUUCUCGUUAUUAUAGAAAUCUUCUGUAUUCUCUGAUAGUACAAAAGAAGCAUGUCACGUUGGUGGUUGGUGUUAUUAGUGCUCCUUUGCUUGCAGAUAGACGUCACGCCAUUCGAAAUACAUGGUUUAAAUUCUGUSAGCAUCGUCACCAAUURGUGUGCAAGUUUUUCCUCGAUGGAUUAGAAUAUAUGGAUGAUAAAAGCCGUCGAGMUAUCGUCAAAGAGAACUCUAUAUAUAAUGACAUUGAGUAUAUUGGCGUCCCGCCUGGUGUUAACUUUGGAAGACGGAUUUUGUGGCUGCUGGAAUGGUCUAGUAGGAAGUUCGUCUUUGACUUUGUUCUUCGUGUUGACGAUGAUAUGUUUGUUUGUUUGCAACGKUUGCUKUAUGAACUACCACAUCGACGAGAAACCAAGUUGUAUUGGGGACAUGUUCACUGUAUAAAGGAUCGGGUUCGUGUGGACGAGGAAUUCCUUCUCAUGUCAAAUGAUCUGGUACACGAGUUUUUAACAAARAAAGACACGUUGCUAUGCAACCCUUUUGGCGAUAUAUCAGUAGCAUUAUGGGUCAAAAAUGUACCGGAUGUGACGUAUUUUCACGAUCAGCGUGUUUUCCAUAGUGUUCGUGGACAUGAACGUUAUCUGUUUGAAGAUCGUAAACUUUGUCAUAAGUUUUUGGCGAUAAACAGCGCUUAUAGGACUGAAUCUCUACGAUACUGGAUCAAUGUACAGCAUGAAACCAAGACAAACUUUGAGAUUGCUGAUGUYAGACCGUUUGAUCAAGUAUGCAAUCAAUCUAAGUCUCUCGAUUGGAGAACGUUUGCUCUGGGUCACCGCUUUGAACCUGUUCGCUGUGACCGCAAACCUACCUGGAAUCUACUCGGUCAUAUUUAUUUAGGACGAAAAGGCGAAGAGGAGAAAAAAAAGAAAAUUGARAUGAAAAUUAAGGAAGAGAGACGAAGAAGAAUGGAACUUGGUCAAACGGGAAAAUAGUCACUGCUGACUCGUUUAAAUGAUUUGUCACAAGAUGUAUGGCCUCCUUUGUCGGWAUUCACCUGUAAAACCACUGAUUACAAAGCGAUGACAAUAAAGUCAUAAAUCAAUAA